CGAUUAAAUUAUUAAGGAAUUCCAAUCAACCUCAACAUGAAAAUCUACCGCUACCGUACGUACGAUUGCUUGAUUGCAGUCGGUUGAUUGUAACCUCAACACACGCCGCGCCUACCAGACAAAAGAGACGAAUAACAGUUUACGGGAAAUAGUCCCAAUCAAUGGUUGACCACGGUUCCAGGAUCCCGUAGUGGGCAAAAGUAAAAAUGUACGCAGAAUUGUACGGUUGUACCGGCUUGACCGGGUACGGUAGUAGGGUACACACCCCAGCUGUGGUCGUGUUCUCCCCCGGGGCGGCGCCUCGUAUACGCCUUGGGCAAAAAGUAACAUGUUGUCCAUCUUCAUCAGCU